UACUGCCGCUGCGAAGAAGGAGACUUGAGCCAUGAACGCGGAGCAGGAGCAGAAGCAGCUCUUGGUCCGGGAGCGGAUCCGCGAUUUCCCGGACUUCCCUUCCCCGGGGGUCAUUUUCCGCGAUAUCAGCCAACUCUUGAAGGACCCUGUCGCAUUCAAAGGUGCCAUCGAUCUGCUAGAAGCCCACAUCAAAGCCUCGCACCCACAGGUUGAUUACAUCGCAGGUCUCGAUUCCCGAGGCUUCCUUUUCGGACCGGUUUUGGCGCAGAGACUGGGAGUCGGGUUUCUGCUGGUCCGGAAAAAGGGGAAACUCCCGGGUCCUACAGAAUCUGCUUCCUACACCUUGGAAUAUGGCAAGGCUGAGCUCGAAGUUCAGAAGGAUGCGGUGAAGCCGGGUGAGAAGGUGAUCUUAGUGGAUGACUUGAUCGCCACGGGAGGGACUAUGCGAGCUGCGUGUGAGCUGAUGGCCAAGCUGCAGGCCGACAUCCUGGACUGCGUGGUGCUCACAGAGCUGAGGUUCCUCAAAGGAGCAGAGGCGCUGAAACCAUUCCCCCUUUACUCUGUGCUGCAGUACGACUGAUGCCGGGGAGGCCAGCUGCCCCCCCCCCCCAUCUCAUUCUCUUCCUCCUGGGGACGAAACGACGGCCUGCCAGGGUUCUUCCACCUUUGCUUUAUUUUCAUCAGCCCCAGUGAGAGCGGUUUCUCACCACCACCUUUACCUGACCCUUGCUUUCAAUUAGUUAGAGCUAUUAUGGUGGACUUCGAGCUCCUGAGCUUUGCUGUAGAAGCACAAUUAAGAAGACUUAAUUAUUUAGCUA